AUGGUGGCACAGGAGUGGGACGAAUUCGUGUACACAUCUGGCUGGCAGUCCCUCCAACCACAGCUGCCCAAUGCCCUGCACAAGUUCCGCGUUCGACGGGGUGUGGACAGGGGCAGAGAGGAGAGAGGCUGGGGAGCUGCUGAGCUGAGCCGGACCGUAGCGAGAAAGAGAGUAAAAAGAGAGGGAGAGGGAGAGAUGGCUUCCUCAAACCCGCCUCAGCAGCCUGCAGUAGGAGACCAUCGGGCCCAGAAUGCCCCAGCCACCUCCCCCGAGGAGGAAGAGGAUUUCGGAGAGGCCUUCGAGUUCGAAGACAGCGAAGAGGAGGAGGAUUCCAAGACGGGACCAGGAAGCAAAAGCCCCGAGCAGCAGGAUGGAGAGGCCACCUGGGGUGCUGAGAAGGAAGGGGAUCCCCUGCUAAUCGACUUGGCUCCCCGCCCUUUCACAAAUCCGGUGGCCGCCCAGUCGCAGACCAAAUCCCUGGCCGUGGUCAGCAAUGGGGACCCCGUGGGCCCACCUCCCACCGAGCAGCGGAGCUCCAGCUGGAAAAGGAAGAGCUCCCGAAGAGUUGAACGUUUCAAUUUCCCCAUCCUGGAAGAUGUGAUCUACGAUGACGUCCCGUGUGAGAACCUGGAAUCCGCUCAGUACGGGUCAGAGAGGAGCCUGGUUUAUGAGGAUGUCCACCGCGACGGCGGGGCCCGGGAACCGGAGGACCUAGGCUGGAGCUCCAGCGAGUUCGAGAGCUACAGCGAGGACUCGGGAGAAGAGGCCAAGCCGGAGGUGGAGCCAGCCAAGCACAGGGUGUCCUUCCAGCCCAAGCUCUCUCCAGAUCUGAAUAGGCUAAAGGAGCGGUACGCCAGGACUAAGAGGGACCUCCUGGCUUUGAGAGUUGGGGGGAGAGACAUGCAGGAACUGAAGCAGAAGUACGAUUGUAAGAUGACCCAGCUGAUGAAGGCAGCCAAAAGCGGCACCAAGGAUGGCCUGGAGAAGACGAGGAUGGCCGUUAUGCGCAAAGUGUCCUUCCUGCACAGAAAAGAGGUGCUGGGUGACUCGGAGGAGGAGGACAUGGGAUUUCUGGAAGUCACCGUUUCAGACAUCAAACACCCCUCUCCGGAGCUGGGUCCCAUGCCUGAAGGACUGAGCCCUCAGCAGGUAGUGAGACGGCACAUCUUGGGCUCCAUUGUUCAGAGUGAGGGGAGCUACGUGGAGUCUUUAAAGCGGAUCCUUCAGGAUUACCGAAACCCCUUGAUAGAGAUGGAGCCCAAGGCUCUGAGUGCCCGCAAGUGCCAAGUGGUGUUCUUCCGCCUGAAGGAGAUUCUGCAGUGCCACUCCAUGUUCCAAAUCGCCCUAUCAUCCCGCGUGGCUGAGUGGGACACGACGGAGAAGAUUGGGGACCUCUUCGUGGCUUCGUUUUCCAAGUCUAUGGUGCUGGACGUAUACAGUGACUACGUAAACAAUUUCACCAACGCUAUGUCCAUCAUCAAGAAGGCCUGUCUCACCAAACCGGCAUUCCUGGAAUUCCUCAAGAGGCGGCAGGUGAGCAGCACAGACCGUGUCACGCUGUAUGGCCUGAUGGUGAAGCCCAUCCAACGGUUCCCCCAGUUCAUUCUCCUCCUGCAGGACAUGCUGAAGAACACCCCGAAAGGCCACCCGGACCGGCUGUCACUCCAGCUGGCCCUGACGGAGCUGGAGACGCUGGCCGAGAAGCUGAAUGAGCAGAAGCGGCUGGCUGACCAGGUGGCAGAGAUCCAGCAGCUGACCAAGAGUGUCGGUGACCGGAGCAGCCUCAACAAGUUGUUGACCUCGGGCCAGCGGCAGCUGCUCCUGUGUGAGACCCUGACGGAAACGGUAUAUGGGGAUCGAGGACAGCUGAUCAAAUCCAAGGAGCGGAAGGUGUUCCUGCUGACCGACAUGCUGGUGUGUGCCAACAUCAACUUCAAGCCUGUCAAUCACAGAGGGCAGCUGGAGAUCAGCAGCCUGGUGCCCCUCGGCCCCAAGUACGUGGUGAAGUGGAACACGGCCCUGCCGCAGGUUCAGGUGGUGGAGGUGGGACAAGAAGGCAGCGGCUAUGAGAAGGACAACGUGGUCAUCCAGCACGCGGGUGCAAAGAAGGCCUCUCUGUCGGGGCAGUCCCACAACAAGGUGUACCUCGGCCCUCCUCGCCUCUUCCAGGAGCUGCAGGAUCUACAGAAGGACCUGGCGGUGGUCGAACAGAUUACGCUGCUCAUCAGCACCCUCCAUGGCACCUAUCAGAACUUGAACAUGACGGUGGCCCAGGACUGGUGCCUGGCCCUGCAGAGGCUGAUGCGGGUGAAGGAGGAGGAGAUCCACUCGGCUAACAAGUGCCGCCUCCGCCUCCUGCUGCCUGGGAAACCGGACAAGUCUGGUCGGCCUAUCAGCUUCAUGGUAGUCUUCAUUACCCCAACCCCUCUGAGCAAGAUUUCCUGGGUGAACCGGCUGCACUUGGCAAAGAUUGGCCUCCGAGAGGAGAAUCAGCCGGGCUGGCUGUGCCCUGAUGAAGACAAGAAAAGCAAAGCUCCGUUUUGGUGUCCGAUCCUGGUCUGCUGCCUCCAUGCCUUUUCUUCCAAAGCCCUCAGCCUCCAGCUUGGAGCCCUAGUCCACAACCCUGUGCACUCCUCCCUGCUGGGCUUCUCUGCGGUCAGCACCUCCCUGCCCCAGGGCUACCUCUGGGUCGGGGGCGGGCAGGAGGGCGCAGGGGGCCAGGUGGAGAUCUUCUCCCUGAACCGGCCCACGCCUCGCACCGUGAAGUCCUUCCCUGUGGCCUCUCCGGUGCUCUGCAUGGAAUACAUUCCCGAGAAGGGCGAGGAGGAGGAAGAGGAGGAGGAGGAGGGGAAGAUCGAAGAGGGCAAGGUGGCCGCUGACCAUUCCCCUGCCCCAUUGCGCCCUACCAUCUGUUUGGGCCUUCACAAUGGCAGUAUCCUGGUUUAUGGCAGCGUGGACACGGGGACCCAGUGCUUGGUGACCUUCAAGAGCCCAGGCCUGCGGCCCGUCCUGUGUCUCCGGCACAGCUCCCGAUUCCUGUUUGCCGGCCUGCAGGACGGCACGGUGGCCGCAUAUCCCAGGAACAGCGGGGGCUUGUGGGAGCAGGACAGCGUGCCAGCCAGCGUGACAGUCGGCCCAGGGCCCAUCCGAACCCUCCUGAGCCUGGAUGACACAGUGUGGGCCAGCUGUGGCCACCGGGUCACUGUUUUGGAUGCCACCACCUUGCAGCCUCAGCAAAGCUUUGAGGCGCAUCAGGAUGCGGCCGCCAGCGUGACUCACAUGGUGAAGGCUGGCAGCGGCGUUUGGAUGGCUUUCUCCUCCGGCUCCUCCAUACGCCUCUUCCACACGGAGACCCUGGAACCUCUGCAGGAGAUCAACAUUGCCACCCGGACCACCUUCCUUAUGCCAGGCCAGAAGCACGUCUGUGUGACCAGCCUCCUCAUCUGUCAGGGCCUACUUUGGGUGGGCACCGACCAGGGAAUCAUUGUACUGCUGCCUGUGCCCAGGUUGGAGGGCAUCCCCAAGAUCACAGGAAAAGGCAUGGUAUCGCUCAAUGGGCACUGUGGACCAGUGGAGUUCCUGGCCGUAGCCACGAGCACCCUCGCCCCCGACAUCCUGAAGAGCGACCAGGAGGAAGUGGAGGGGGCCCGCCCUGACGAGGAAAAGCCUGAGGGUCUACCCCAGCCCCCAGCCGCCCCCGACACUCACCCCGUCCGCGAGAUGACCAGGAAGAAGGGGAUCCUCCUGCAGUACCGCCUGCGCUCCACGGCCCACCUCCCCGGCCCCAUGCUCUCUAUCCGAGACCCCCCGGCAGCUCCUGGGAGCGGUCUGGAGAACAGCGAGGAGGACGGCUCCAUCUACGAGAUGGCGGACGACCCGGACAUCUGGGUUCGCAGCCGGCCCUGCCCCCGGGAUGCUCAUCGGAAGGAGAUCUCCUCGGUGGCCAUCAUCUCCGGUGGGCAGGGCUACCGCAAUUUCAGCGGUGGCGGAAGGCAGCCCCCGACCGGGGAAACGGACAGCACCCUCCUCAUCUGGCAGAUCCCCUUGACGUUAUAGCAUGGGCUCCCUUUCGCGUGGUGCUCUGCUCCGGCCUGGCUCAGCCAGCUGGGCCUCUGGCAGGCAUGAAGGGUGUGUGCCUCAGCCUCUUCCCUAUCGGGAUGCCCCGGGGAACGCUGGAAUGGCACACCCGCUGCACCAGGGACCCGUCGGAAGACGUCGCGCUCGCCGGUGGCUUGCGGGGAAGCAGGUCUUCUAUUACUCCCUGAGGGAAGCAAAAGCCAACUUUUUUUAAAGGGUCUUUUGAAGUUUCUGCUUUGGGUUUUUAGGGGCCUCUGGAAGAAUUGGCUGGGUUUGUCUCUUUUUUACUGCAGACUAGCAGCUGCCAGGGAAAAGCCGAUACUCUCCCGGAGGGCUUGGGGGAAGGGAAAUCCUUCAGUUUUGCUGAACUCGCCAUCACCUCUUGUGACUGGGGAUGUGCGUGAGCGUGAGUUUGUGUGUGAAUAUAUAUAUACAAAGCAUAUAUAUAUAUAAUGUAUAGUCUACGUGUAUAAAUAAAAUCUGUAUAUAUUGGGGCAUCGGGAGAUGCCGUAAUAAAAGGC